AUGAGCGACGAAAAGCAACCACUACUUAUAGGACCAAGCAGUCCUCUGGACAAUACAGAAAUUCAAAACGUCGAGUUAGGGACAGGCCCAGUACUGUCACCUAAAGCUGAAAAGACGAAAAAUGAGUACCAUCCUGCUUCUGAAAGAUGCCUUGAACAUCCCACGUCUAACUUUGAUACUAUGAUACAUUUGCUUAAAGGAAAUAUUGGCACGGGCAUUUUGGCAAUGCCAGAUGCUUUUAAAAAUGCAGGGCUAUUUUUUGGUGUUUUUGGCACUUUAUUUAUGGGAGCUAUAUGUACACACUGCAUGCAUAUAUUAGUUCGAUGUUCUAAUGAGCUUUGCAUAAGAAAUGAAAGACCAGCAAUGAGUUUUGCAGAAGUUGUUGAAGAUGCUUUUGCUAUGGGACCAGUAUCACUACGAUCACAUGCUAAAAAGAUGAAGAAUAUUGUCAAUGUAUUUUUGGUAAUAACACAAUUGGGAUUUUGCUGUGUGUACUUUUUGUUUGUGGCUACUAACCUUCAAGAUACAAUGCAAUAUUUCCACGUAAAUCUCACUGUACACACUUACCUGGCUAUAUUAUUUCCUUGUAUUUUGGCAUUGGCAAUGGUGAAGAACUUAAAAUAUUUGACUCCAGUUUCUCUGAUUGCUUCCAUAAUGACUGCUUGGGGCCUAGUAAUAACAUUUUACUACAUACUUCAAAAUUUACCACAUACCAGUACAGUGAAAGCAUUUGCAGGUUGGCAUCAUUUACCUUUGUACUUUGGGACUGCUAUCUAUGCAUUUGAGGGCAUUGGAGUGGUUUUGCCCCUUGAAAAUAACAUGAAGACACCAGAAGAUUUUGGUGGUUGGACUGGCGUCCUCAAUACAGGAAUGGUCAUAGUAGCAGUACUGUAUACGGCCAUCGGAUUUUUUGGUUACUUGAAAUAUGGAGAUAAUGUUCAUGGCAGCAUCACUCUUAAUCUACCAGAUGAUUUAUUGGCGCAAAGUGUCCGUGCUGUAAUGGCAUUGUCCAUAUUUCUGUCAUAUGGCUUGCAAUUCUACGUGCCCAUGAACAUUGUUUGGCCAUACGUGAAAUCCAAAUUGACUUCAGACUACGCACUUAAACAUGGCGAAGCUGCUACCCGUUUUGUUUUGGUGUUUGUGACAUUUGUGGCGGCGGCGUUGAUUCCCAACUUGAGUGGUAUCAUUUCCCUCGUGGGAGCUUUUAGCAGUUCAGCUCUAGCGAUCAUUUUCCCACCAUUCAUCGAGAUCAUGACUUUCUGGCCGGACCGACUCUGCAAAGACGACUGGAUGUUAUGGAAAAAUAUCGCCAUUAUCCUAUUUGGCUUAACAGGUUUUGUGUUUGGUACUUACGCUAGUAUAGAAAAUAUUUUGCAACAUCCUUAA